CCGAGAGGUGCGUCUUCGAUUUCCGGCGUCGAAAAAAAUAAUACAUUAAUAGGGCUAGGAUUUUUAUGCAAAUGCUUGUCUGAAUGCGCUGCAGCAGAUACCGCAUAACAAUGUUUCUUUUGCGAUUCAUGCAUUUUUAAGCCGAAUUGCAAAAUUUUUUAGCGCAUAAUUUUGCUUUUUUAGACCAUAAACGCUUAAAACUGCUUAUUUUCAGCAAAAAAUGGCUGAUAACUGCUUUUUUAGUGCUUUUUUAAGUACUUUAGGGCAUAAUUCGAAGAAAAACGACAAAAAUCGUUCUAAAACUCAAAUUUUUGUUGUUUUGUCAAAAUAAAUCACUUUCAAACUAUUUUAGUUGAAAAAAAAAAAGAAAACAUUUUGAUCUCUGAUUUCGCAAACGAAUGUUUGAAUUUUGAAUCAGUUAGUUUUUAUUUACCCAAAUGUUGUAAUCUGUCACUUGUAGGUACAUUUCAUGUUUUUGUUCAAAAAUUAAAUCUAAAAUAAAUGAUUUUCGAUAUUUUUCUGAUUAAAAUAAUUCAGUUUAAACUUGAUAGGAAAUUCAAUAGGAUUUUCGCAUUGUGCUUAAAAAUGCCUGCAUUUUGGUAUGCCACAUGAUGCACUUACAAACCGCUUAUUUUUGCUUUUUUAGAUUUUUUGGCGCAUAAUUUUGCUUUUUUUGGCCAUUUUAACUGCUUUUUAUAAGCGCUUAAAACUGUUUUUUUAGCGCAUAAAAAUCCUAGCCCUAUACAUUAUGUACGCGUAGGUAUACAUGCGAAUGAAAACACCUGAAAAUCCGUUAUCUAAUCCGUUUCUCUUCUUUUUUACCUUUUUUUUUUCGAUUGCUAUUUUUUGCUUAAGUGGCUAUUCAUUCGUGUUGACUGAACUUUUUUCAUUGUUUGUUUUUUAAAUGGAAGUGUAUUUAAGACGAGUAGCGUGUAAAUAAACGUUUUAGCUAUUUUAAAUUGCCAAGUUGAAGUGAAUUUUUCGCAACUCAUUGUCGAGAAGUGAAUAGGUAAGUCGAAUUGAUCUCGAUAGUAAUUCUUGUAUGUGAUUUAAACCAUCGGAACAAGACAAAAAAUGCUCCUCACAGUUACACUGGUCAACAUUAUUUUCGGAUUUGCGCUAUGUUCGCCCGAAGUAAACGGUUAUAUUUCCAAAUGCUCGGAUAACGGCUUCAAGUGCGCAUCGUGCGAAGAAUUGAUUCAUUGUGUUGGAAUACCAACAAAUUCUUUCAAAGUCAGCCUGAUAAACUAUUGCGAUAAUUCAAAGGGUCAAUAUUGUUCAAUGGAGAAAGGUAGUUGCGUUAAUGAUGCGAAUGCUUGCCAAAUAUUUGGUUUGAAAACAUUACAUUGCGAGGACACUGGCGCCUUCCCUGAUCCGUAUGACUGUAACUCUUACCACAUGUGUAUCAAACGAGACGAUGCGUGGAUCAGUACGAAGCAUAAUUGCCCGGAAGACCGAGCUUUUGAUCCGCUAACCGCAACCUGUCGCUUCAAACUUACACAUCGUGUUUGUCAAGAAAAGCCCGUUGAACCGUGCAUGCGACCAUUACAGCACGGACCUAUUUUAGAAAAUCCGAAUAUUUAUUUCGUGUGCGUACAAAACGACGUUCACGAUCAUAGACUAGAACCGCGCCUUUAUAAAUGCAAACCUGGUCACAUCUACUCCGAACACGUUUGCAUCGAAAGUGCGAGUAUUUCUUCGUCGGAAAUGAAAUUUGUUUGCGAAAAACCAGGAAAUUUUGCCGAUCCGCGUAACUGUUACCGCUAUUUCGAAUGCGACGGAGAUUUGAAAUCAGCUCACAAAACCUGUCGUCCGGGUACGUAUUUUGACCCGAAAGAAGCUACGUGCGUGAAAGGAACAUGUUGAAUUGUCGGAUGGUUUGUUACUUUGUACCCUGCACUUACCUAUACUAAAAUAUAGCGUUGAAAUUCG